AUGAAAUAUAUCAUCGAGCACAUGGAGCAGGGCUUCAGUGAUUGGGUUGCGUUGGAAUAUGCCCAGAUUAUCAGAGACGUGGGAGCUGCCAAUUUGAUCCUUUCGUCGUUGCCAGAAGGUACACAGGAGUCAGACAUUCCAGCGGCAUUGGUUCGCAUGGGAUUGCAAUGGACGACAAAACCACUGGUGGACAUACAUGAGGCGUUCCCAAAUUUGCCCAGAUUGAGAGAGAAAAGAGUUUGUCUUUUGGAUCCUCGUGGAAAGGAGGAUUUGAAGCCUCAAGAUGCCCAUGAGUACGACUACUUCGUUUUUGGGGGGAUUUUGGGUGACCAUCCACCUAGAGACCGUACAAAUGAGCUUUACAGGGCAUACCCAGAUCUUUUGGUGGGCAAGAGGCUUGGAGCCAAGCAAAUGACCACAGACACGGCAAUCAGAACCACUCAAUUGAUCGUGGAACGUCAGUUGGAAUUUGAAAGCAUCAAAUUCAUCGACUACCCAGAAUUCAGGUUCAGUAAAAGCGAGGCCACGGAAAUGCCGUUCAGAUACGUUCUUGACGACCAAAAUAGGCCCAUACUACCUGAAGGAAUGCUGGAUCUUAUCAAGAAAGACUCCGAACAAAGUCUCGACGGUCUGCUCUGA